AUGAAUCCUUAUGAUUAUAAUUGCUGCCAGAAGCUUUUGAAUGAAUACUUUGAUGCCCCAAUGACGAAGCUUCUUCGUGCUCCAGUUGAUCCUGUCAAAGAUCAAUGUCCAAAUUACUUAAAUAUUGUUAAAGAGCCAAUGGACUUCGGAACCAUGAAGAAGAAACUUAAAGCAAAUCAAUAUGAUUCAAUAGAUUCAUUCUACAAUGACAUUGCGCUUAUUUGUAAGAACGCAAAACUAUUUAACGGCGAAACAAGUAUGUUCGGAAUGAUUGCCAAUGAUAUUAUGGCCAAAGCAGAUGCAUGGAAAGCACAGAAAUGCUCGUGUGUUGAAGAAGAAUGGUUUUCUGCAGUUAAAAAAGGAGCAAAAGAAUUACAUGAUCAUUUGAUCGAUGCCCCACCAACAGUUUCAUUCUAUGAGCCCAUAAAUCUACCAGAUGGUUUCACUAUCGACAGCUUAUCAGAAGAAAACAAAGAAAAGAUCGCUCCUUUAAUCAAACCUUUUAAAAUAGAAGAAUUAGUCGAUAAAUGGCCAUUUAUAAAGAAUUCUACAAGAUUAGAAGUACUUGAUAUAAUCGAGCCACCUAAAACUCCUGAAAAACCAAAAUCUAAAUAA